AUGAUGGAGACAGACCCCUUCUUCUGGUCAAUUGAUGAAGUGGUCGCGUAUCUUUGUCAUGGCUCGUUCAAAGACUGGGCUCGUUCCUCUCUACCGCGGCCUGAUCCAGCCCAAUUAGAGAGCCAUCUUCGAGAGAAUUAUGUGACCGGCGAGGUCCUUUUAACUGAAGUCGAUAGAGAGGCCUUGCCUCGCUAUCUUGGGUUAAAAGCACUUGGGCAUCAAGCCACGAUCUUCAAGGCGAUCCAGUACUUGAGAUCGCGUUCCUCUGAGUUCCACAACGGCACUAAUGACUUCUCGAGUCCACAGAAUGUUAUAGCCGCCUCUCCUGCUCCGAUUCACGGCUCCUCUGGUCCUCCUGUGUGCCAAAAUAGAUCUAUAACCUCCGCACAUUCUUCCCGCGAGCCUCAAGCUCCGCCGACCAAAAGUGAUACCCCUCAGCCUGUCGAGUCCACGCCUAAAGGGCCGGAUCUGCUACCUCCUCAACAUAAAGAAAAUGAUGGCAGAAAACGCCGACGGCUCAACUCAAGCGCCAUAUCGACACAAACUCUCCACAGCAUUCCUGAAAACCCUCGCCAAAAGAGAUAUCUGUGCUCCCAGAAGCAACCUGUUAAAGAUGUCUUUUAUAAAGGUCUAGAGAGUGACGAAGACAAUGAUACAUUUGGAUACGUUCGUCCAUCGAAUUUCUCUACAGGUCAAUCCCGUUUCAUCAAUAAGCGGAUGCAAUAUUUUCUGAGACAAAUGCCACAGCCAUUCCCAGAGGAUAAAGAAGGAUCUCUCGCAAUCUUUCCAUAUGACAAGACAGUUGCCCCGGGUGUCCCGCGCUACUUUACGCUCUAUGAGAAGAAUGAUGGGAAGGUUAAUGUUAGGAUGGAAGAGGUUGAAAAAUGGCCCCACCUCAAGGAAAAAAGUGCUUUGGACUACCUCCUUGUUAAAUAUCCCCCGCAGGGCGAGGAAUUGCCACUGUAUGGAGAUUCAGGAUCCGAAGAUUACGACUCCGAUACCUGCAGAGAUAUGGAUGAGGCCAGGGACGAUGCCGAAGAUGAAAAUAAGGAUGAUACCUCUAAUCUAAUGUCUGCAGCCGAAUUAAAUGCGAUUAUUGACAAAUUUAUCAUGGACACUAUCGAGAAAUGGAAAAGCAACAAGCUACCAAUGCAUGAAAAAAAGGCAUGGGCAUUAUGGCAGCGGUCAAGGAAAGCUGGGACUGUUCCCGCUGAUAUUCGUCGAGCUAAAGCUGAAAUUGCCCAUCUAGAUGGGCGUCUAGCCAAUUGGUCAAAAGGUAUAAAAAGCAACGAGUAUGAAAAAAGCGAUCAUAGCAAGGUGCUGCGGCAAUGCGCGUCAUUAGAGGUAACGGUGGCACAACGAGAACUUCGGAAAUGGCAACUGUCCGUCUUAGAGCUGGGGAAAUGCCCUGACAAACCCAGUACUCCUUUCUCUCAUCAACAGGUACCCCGACAACGCUUCAAGGAUAAUGAUGAGGAAUCCAUUGGGUCUGAUACUGAUGAUGCUAUGGAAGACGAUCCAGACUUUGUGGUGUCGGAUGAGGCACACGGCAGCCAUGUGGAAGGAAUAUGCCCCCAAGAUAAUACAACCAUUACUCCUCCACGUCCAUCUAUGCCAAGCAGAGAAAGCGCUUGCUCACCACCCGGCCCCACUGGUUCAACCCCUAUAAAUGGCCCGUUUGAAGACGUUGAGCUUGUGGAUUUAACUCAAGUAGAUCAAGAAGACCAGCAAGAGGUGGUCGAGGAGGAUGUUGAAGAUCCUGAUAAACUAGAUAUCCAUACUCCACCAUUAAAUCCCGCCGACAGCCCCAAGGACCGGCUUCAGUUUCCCACUUCCUCUCUCCUUCCUAACCCAAUACGCGAUCAGACCCCUUCUACCACUUCAGAGCUACCCGAUUUUAAUGAUGUUGCUGGAAUGGCUGAGGUAAAUUGGAAUACUUUAACGGAGCGUCGUGAUAGGAAACGGCUUCUUGCUAAAACAGUCUAUACUCUAUCCGAAGAGGAACGGUUGAAGUUAACCUCAUUGCUUAGCUCUAUGGAAAAAAAUGCUUGGCGCAGACGAGUAAGGGAAGCGUUGAGAGCGAUUCAAAAGAAUAGGCCAGGCAGGAUCGCAUCUGCGAGUGAAGAGGAUAGCUUUUGUUAUAGGAGAAUGGCUACUCUAUAUGUCUCAUGGCUGAGGAUCGAGCAAAUACAAGGAAGCAAAGGUAUUCGGAAAUCACACAUAAAGGAAGCCCGUGAGAAAGAUGAUUUAUUUCCUUUCUACAAUGAUCUAACUGAGAUUUUAUGCGUUGAACAUCCCAAGAGGGCAAAGCGGGAGCCAUCCUGCGAAAUUGUCAACUCAUUACAGAAAAUCCCUCAAGAGGGGUCCGCGCAGGCUAACAAUCCAAUUAUUAUUGAAGACGAGGAAGAUGAUCCUUCCGGAAAAGAUGCCGAUGCACAAGGCAGUACUAGGGCCACUCCACGCAAGAAACGAAAGAGGCCCGUAGCAGAAAGCCGGGAAGCCAUGGAGACACAGAACCGGGCACAGCGCCGUGUCGAAGAGCAAGCAUCACAGCAGCGGCGUUUACAGGAAGAAGGUGGUAUUGAAAAUGAUGAUCCUGAGCGGAAAAUUGUUAGUUUUGAUGAUCCCGUUAUCUACUUACAUCGCGAUCUUGGACGUCGUGUAAAAGAACAUCAAAUUUCAGGGAUUCAGUUUAUGUGGAGAGAAUUGAUCAAAGACGAGAAAAAUGAAGGCUGUCUUUUAGCCCAUACAAUGGGACUGGGGAAAACAAUGCAAGUUAUCUCUCUCCUGGUAACCAUUGCCAAUGCGUCUAACUCAUCGGAUCCAAAAAUUAAAUUGCAAGUCCCAGAGCGUCUUAGAACAUCGCGGACUUUGAUUACAUGCCCUGCCUCUUUAAUAGAUAACUGGGAAGAAGAAUUCGCUAAGUGGACUCCACCAGAUACGAAAACUAGAUAUAAUCUAGGAGAAGUGCGGAAGGUAGUGUCAUUGAAUCCGUUACAGCGACUUGUUACCAUCAAUGCUUGGUAUACCGAGGGUGGUGUGCUACUAAUCAGCCAUGAACUUUUACGCCGAAUGAUACACAAUCCCACCCAGAAACCCGACUCUCAAAGGCUACCGCUCGAAAAAUGUGAAAUUAUAAAGUGCCAAUUGCUUGAUGGCCCAAAUAUCAUUGUUGCAGAUGAAGCACACAAGCUAAAAAAUGGUGCAUCCAAUCUUUCAAAAGCGUGCGCCAUGUUCAAAUCAAAAAGCCGCAUAGCUUUAACUGGAUCGCCUCUCUCAAAUCAGUUAAUCGACUAUUAUCAAAUGAUUAAUUGGAUCUCGCCUGGAUACCUUGGCACCCUGAAGCAAUUCAAAGCCAAAUACGAGGAGCCCAUUAGAGAAGGACUAUACUAUGAUAGUACCAACUGGGAAUAUGUGCAGUCUCGGAAAAAACUGGAAGUUUUGAAGAAAGUUCUCGAACCAAAGGUGAAUCGAGCCGGUGUAUCAGUUAUCCAAAAAGAUCUUCCUUCAAAGGUUGAAUUUGUCAUUGUCAUUCCAGUAACGCCUCUCCAAGAAGAGACAUACAAUCAGUUUGUGGCUUUGACUAUGGAAGGGAAGGGGGAUUUUGAAUUCACACGGCUGUGGGCUCUGCUUUCGUAUCUAACCCUCUUGUGCCACCACCCUUCAUGCUUCCUGCGAAAGCUCCUCGAGAAAAAGAAGGAAAAGAGUGAGGUUAAUGAUAGGUGGAAAGCUAUGGAAGGCAGCCAGGUAGUGGUUGUUCCUUCAGAAUCCGAGCCUGAGGCCAACCCCGAGGACAGUCCAACGCUGGCAGAAGUAGAAGAUGCGGCCAUCGCAACAGAAGAACAAGCCACGAUAACAGAUGAACUUGUGUCACAAUUCGAACAAAAGUUCAAAAGCAUUAAAAACCUGGAUUCUCCAGAGCAUUCUCGCCGUAUCCAAAUGGUUGGACAAAUUGUUGAUGAAUCUAUUAAAGCUGGUGACAAGGUCCUUAUAUUUUCAGGUUACUUAUAUACGCUUACUUACAUUGGCACAAUGUUAGCGGCGAAGGGCCAGAAGUUCUGUCGUCUAGAUGGAAAGACGCCGAUAGCCACUCGGCAGGCAGCUACAAAAAGCUUCAGUAACUCGGAUUCGCAGGUAUACCUUAUUUCGACGAAAGCUGGGGCGCUUGGCCUCAACAUUAUUGGCGCAAAUCGAGUUAUCAUUUUUGAAUCUGAGUACAAUCCAACCUGGGAAGAGCAGGCCAUUGGGCGGGCAUACCGCCUUGGACAGACAAAGGACGUUUUUGUCUAUCGGUUUGUUAUGGGAGGAACCUUUGAGGAAUUAAUACAUGAAAAGGGGGUUUUCAAGAAAAAUAUGGCGCUUCGUGCUGUUGACAAGAAAAAUCCCACUCGCUCUACCGGCAAAUCUACGAGUGAAUUUAGACGCCCUAUCCGAAGUGUGAAAAAGCACGACUUAUCUGAAUUCCGUGGCAAAGACCCAAAAGUGCUAGACAAAAUCCUUGCGCAACCAAACGACAUUUAUAAGAUCAUCCUAACAGAGACCCUUCAUCGAGAGGAUGCUGUGCAGUUUACCGCUGAAGAGAAGAAUGAAAUUCAGGCGGAGUUAGAUGACGAGAGAUUGGAGCGAAGUGACCCUGUUUUAUGGGCAAAGAAGCAGCACGAAAAGAGGUUAGCACAAGAAGAGAGUGUACGCAGGGCACUAGCGCUGUCACGACAGCAGUAUCCGCAGCCUUUCCCAGCCAUCAGGGCUGGCAACGGUCAUCAACCCCAGCCUGGCCAAUCUCCUUCACCAAUACAAUGGCAGCGUCCCUACACCUAUAAUGGAAAUGGUGCUGUAAAUGCACAACCUGUGCCAACUAUGAGGACUCCAGUUUCUAGUCCGCUACAGUCCUCGACAUCUUCCCACAUAUCAAACCUAGCCCAACCGUUACCACUACCUUCAACGUCAUACCAGAGCCUAGCUAGGACAGCACUUCCAACUCAGACAACCCCGUCGCAAUCAGCACCAAUCCAAACCUCUUCUCCAAUUCCGGUUCCACCCGCCUCCAUUCAAAUGCAGCCUUCAAUAGUGCCUUCUCCUGUACCCCCGGCUCCACAUCCCAACUCAGGGCAGCAAGGCCCUGAGGCUCGAAGUGUACAGCCACCCCCUCUACCCCCUUCGACCGCCCAGCCAUUACAAGAUCCUAAAACCAACAGUCCAAAGCAAAUAGAGAGGGGAAUGAGAGAUACUGAAUUCAACCUGUUGGGAAGACCAGUCUUCGAGUCCCGAGGAUCCAACGAAGUCAAGCUGCAGACAACAAUAGGGUAUAUCCUUUAA